GCCAUAAGAUGAUGAUGAGGAUUCCUUCUCAUGGUCGUCGUCCUCCUCCUCUUCUUCUCUUCUUUCUUGUUCUUGGUACUAUUCUCACUGAACUGAAGUGGAUUAACUGUGAUGGUCAUGACUACCAGGACGCAUUGUCUAAGUGCAUCUUAUUCUUCGAAGGGCAGCGUUCCGGGUGGCUUCCGGCGGACCAGAGGCUAACGUGGCGAGGGAAUUCAGGCCUCGGUGACGGUUCAGCGAGUGGUGUGGACCUGACAGGUGGUUACUACGAUGCUGGUGACAACAUAAAGUUUGGGUUUCCCAUGGCUUUCACCACUACAAUGCUUGCCUGGAGCGUUGUCGAGUUCGGAGACUCAAUGCCUUCCUCUCUACUACGCGACGCCCUUGUCGCCGUCCGUUGGGCCACCGAUUACCUUCUCAAGACUGUCUCUCAGCCUGACCGUAUUUUCGUUCAGGUGGGUGACCCAAUUAUAGAUCACAAUUGCUGGGAGAGACCAGAGGACAUGGACACAGCUCGAACGGUUUACAGUGUUGACUCAACUCGGCCUGGUUCGGACGUAGCUGGUGAGACUGCCUCAGCUCUAGCAGCCGCUUCCAUGGCUUUUAGGUCAUCUGACCCUGGUUACUCCGACACCCUUUUACGCACUGCGGUCAGAGUCUUCCAAUUUGCCGACACUUACCAAGGAGCUUACAGUGAUAAUUCCGAUAUCAGAUCCGGCGUCUGCCCCUUCUACUGCGACUUCGAUGGUUAUCAGGAUGAGUUACUGUGGGGAGCAGCGUGGCUGAGAAGGGCUUCUCAGGACGAUUCUUAUCUCAAAUACAUUCAGAACAAUGGCAAGACACUCGGUGCUGAUGACAAUAUUAAUGAAUUCGGUUGGGACAACAAACAUGCCGGUCUCAACGUUCUGGUCUCCAAGGAAUUCUUAGAAGGAAAUAUUUAUUCUCUGGAGUCAUACAAAGCAUCGGCGGAUAGCUUCAUGUGCACACUAAUACCAGAAUCAUCGUCUUCCCACAUAGAAUACACCCCAGGUGGUCUCAUCUACAAGCCAGGUGGAACCAACAUGCAACACGUCACCUCCAUCGCCUUCCUACUUCUCGUCUACGCUGAUUACCUCUCCCGUUCAUCACAGACCGUCAACUGUGGUGGUAUCACAGUGGGCCCAUCCUCCCUCCAUCAAUUGGCUAAGCGACAGGUGGAUUACAUUCUCGGUGAUAACCCGAUGGGUAUGUCCUAUAUGGUCGGGUAUGGGUACAAAUAUCCACAACGUAUCCAUCAUAGAGGUUCAUCCUUGCCGUCGAUGAAGGACCAUCCUCAGGUCAUCGCUUGUAAGGAAGGUUCCGUUUACUUCAACUCAUCGGGUCCUAAUCCAAACGUGCUUGUCGGGGCAGUUGUCGGGGGACCCGGUGAGGAUGACGUCUAUGAGGAUGAUCGGGCGGAUUUCCGGAAAUCCGAGCCCACUACUUACAUCAAUGCUCCUUUGGUUGGUGCGCUUGCCUACUUUGCUGCAAACCCUAACCCUACUUAGAGUAUAGUACAGUUUACAUUCCCAAUAAUAUUCUCAGCUGGAGCGGGUGGAAGACUAACUAAACCCGGCAACAUAGUCACCCAUGUACAUAACCAAGUAGAUCACACAGCACAGAGAAGGGAAAAUGGAAAAUUCUUUUGGUAAAUUAGGAUUUAGGACAGGAAAAUUGAAAAAAAAAAAAGCCUCUCAUCUUGUGAGUAGCAAAGAAGGAAGAGGAAUGGAUUAAUAUAUGUCUUCUUUUUAUUUAUUUCAAACUGUUUGUAGUUUGUGACAUGUAAUCUCUGGGACCUGUGGAGAGGUGACAUUGAUAAA